AUGUAUGUUGUUAUUGUUAAGAAAAAUCUUCUGAAGCAAUUAACAACAAGAAGAACAGCAGCUUUGAGAACGUGCAAGAAGAAGAAGAGAAACGAUGGAAGCGCCUACUGCGGUGACAGACAAAUUUCCAUGAGAAUUUAUGGAAUUGUCACAAUAACGAACAAACAUGAAGAUUUGAAUGCAACUCAUUCCCAUCAUUUACUCUGCGAAGUGCAACUUCAGUGA